CUCUUCGAUUUUUUCGUUCGCUUUUUACUAUUGGAAAGGAAACAUUGAAACGUACAUUACACACAUUUAUAUAUAUAUAUAUAUUGUUAUUUCAACUUGUUUAGAGAGCAUAUCGACGAGAUUAUAUAAAAAGUUCCGUAGAAAAAAUGAACGUAAGUUACCAAGUAAUUAAUAAUUUAUACAAAUCAGAACGUUAUCAAUCAGAGAGUAUUACUUUGAAUAUCGAAAUAUGUUUAUUAUUCUAUAUUGUUAUAAAACAUGCAUGUGUAUGAGGAUGAAGUAUAUCGAUGAAUGUAUGAUAAAACGAUCGACAUUAGUGAAGAAAAAGAGCACAGAGUACAUGACAAAAUACUGGGGGUGGAAGGCGGCGCCGGCCGCACCCCGGCGUCGCGACGUCAGUCGUCGUUCCAGCGUGGCUCAACAAGUACACGCGGAGCGCCCAGUUUACGGUUUCAAAUUUUGGAAAAAUCUUAACGUGAGUUGUCAUACAUUUGUUCUACAUUAAAAUGCAUUAAAUCGACGAACGUAGCACAAAUUGUGAAAGUAAAAUCGCAAAUCAUCUUUUACAUCGAUUAAUCAACGAUCCGAUCGUCGACAUUGGUAAAAAAAGAAAGGAACAUACUAUGCGGUCUAAGGUAACGAAUGAAAAUACUUGGGAGACAAAAACUUGGACUACGGAAUCGUCGCAGGGUGGCAGGAGCCUGCGACGAACGACAAAAAGAACCGAAUCAUCGGGAUUGAGAUUGUCAAAGCCCUCCAGAGGAAAUACAGCACGGGAGAGAACUCUCAGGAGGCUGGAAAGCAAUGAACGCGAGCGCAUGCGAAUGCACAGCUUGAACGAUGCGUUUCAGUCUUUGCGUGAAGUAAUUCCACACGUUACCAAAGAGAGGCGGCUCUCGAAAAUUGAGACAUUAACACUGGCUAAAAAUUAUAUAGUGGCCCUUACGGAUGUAAUAUGUGCUAUGAGAAGCGAGGAGCGUUCAGAGGAUCAGCAGACAAACGACUCUGAACAUCAAGAUUCGUCGAACAGCGAACAGCGAUUGGAAUCGACUACCGUUCGCGUCAACAUUCCCGUUGCCUCCAAAUCCUGCAGUUUGGAGACUCAAAAUUUUUAUCAAAAUAAUCAUUCGCGAUGGGAGAAGGAUCAGGGUAAUGUUACAGGCCUCUGAAAAGUUACUAAGCGGUACUAAGCGAUACAAGAUAAAGUACGAAUUAAGAUCUCCAAUAGUAUUUUGAUUAGUCUUCCCUUCCUUAAUUGUGCGUGCGUUUACGUCUUAAAAAGUUUCAAUAUCCAAUACGUCUGUACAAGUCUAACGCAAAGUCAAAAUUAACGGUGUAUCUUAUGACUGAUGUAAUAAUCUAAGAAAAUAUUAACUAUAUGUGCCAAAGAAAGAUAAUAUUCAUCGCAGAAAUGAAUGAAAAAAAGUAUUAUAUAAAUAUUUAUAGUAAUGUUAUACAGUAUUUUAUUUCAUCUGUAACAUUAUAUUAUUUUUCGAUAAUAAACAAUGUACAGAAAGGA